AACUCGUCUGCGACCAUCAUCCAGAAACAUCACUUAUCUUCAGCCUCAAUGACCGACGACGAAGUCCAGUUCUUGGGGAUGCGGCCAGCAUCUCUGCUGGAUCCGUUACCCAUCGUCUCAUCGCCCCAUCGGCCAGUAACAGGAAUCGCGCUCCACGUCGAGAGCAGCGAGAGGGAACCUGCUAGCCGGAUGCUUUUUAAGCGCACGAACACGAAGGAGGUUCAGAUCGGCCGUCGUCACUCGGACGAUACGGACAGCGCUGACGAUGACAAGGCGCUCUUUGGCUGCCCCGUCGUCAGCCGCAAGCAUGCUAUCCUCGUCUUUUCUGGGGAUACAGGCAACGCGUACAUCAUGGACAAAGGAUCACAUCAUGGCACCUACAUGCGGAGGCGAGGGGAGUCAGGCCUUCCUCAGCGCCUCGAGCCGGAGCAGUCCGUACUGCUGCGGGAUGGCGAUCAGAUCACGUUGGGCAAGACCGUCGGCCGUUCCUCGCAAGACAUGGUGUCCCCCGUCAUAUUUCGGAUCGAGUUACUGUACGGCACCAUCGAUGACUCGGCCCUCGACGGGUCCCCUGCACCCGUCGCUUCCAACACGGGCACCCCUCCACAGCGCAUUAGCUCCAGGAUCGUGUCCCGCCACGGCUCGGGGCGCUUCAGCGCGAAGGAGCUGGACCUGCUCGAUGAUGACCAGGACGGUAUUGAGGUCGAGCAGCCCGUGGCCAGGCGCGCUGAUGACAUUCGCUCAAUGCUCUCGCACUUCGAGUCCGCGGCCGAUUUCGUGGCCAAGUACAAUAGGGCAGACGACAGCGCUAGCGGCUCCGGGCGCUCCUCCCCCAUGAGCUUGUCCAGCCCAUCCCCUCGGCCGGAGUCCGUUGACUUCCCUCGCUCGGCGCCGCCGUUUGAUGAGUCGGAGGAAAUUGCGCAACGCCAGAGAGUCGACACGCAGGCGUCUUGGCCGCAGAUUUCGCUCAUCCGCGAGCCUUCGUUCGACAACAUGAGCUCGGAGGAUAUGGAAGAGGAUGAGCAGACGCCGGACAGCUCGAUGGAGCAGUCUCACGACGACGCUCAUCCAUUUCCUGAAGGCGAGUCCAUCGAGAGUCGGAUUGAGAAGCUGCAGGCCGAGAUUGACCGCCUGCAAGCUCACCGGCGCAAGAUCAAGAUCAAGUUCAAUGCCAACACACAGACCAUCUCCAGGAGACUUGCGGCCCUGGACGAAAAGACGGCCGCUGCGGACGCUUCGUACGACCAGUUCAGGGCGCGACUGACUUCGGUCGAGGGCCAAUCGAAGGACAUACUCGACCGUAUGGACGUGACCUCGGGCCAUACCAACCGUCUGAACGAGCGCGCCGACGGUGUCGACGAGCGCAUGGAUGAGAUCGACCAGCAGCUCGAGCAGCUCCGCGACGAGCACUCCACCUUGGAGGAUCGUCUUGAGGACGAUUCGGACCGCAUCUCUGGCGCGCACGACCGCAUCGCGGAGCUGCGCCAGGAGAUCAUGGAGGUGGACGGGCGGCAGGAGGACCUUCAGACCCAGUACGGCACUCUCAAGGAGCGUCAGGGCGAGAUGCGGGAGGAGCAUAGCGAGCUGAGGGAUGAGGUGAAGGACCUGCGCCACCGAGCGGUGCUGGCGGAGGAGGCGCAUGCGGCUCUGCUUGCGAAGCAUGAGGCGCUGCAGCAGAGGCUCGAGACCCUGCAGCAGCGGCACGCAACCCUGGAUUGUGCGGUGGAUGUGUUGAGGGAUGAGUUGCACAAGGAUUUGCGGAUCAGUGUUCAGGACCUGGAUGAGAGGUUGGCUGCCUUGAGUGCACGCGAUGACGGUGCGGCGAGAGACGAUGAGCAGCGUGCGACCCUCCAGGAGCUAAUCGAUGAAGUGAAGUCGAUUCGAGCUGCCGCUAAGCAACAUGCCGACGAGGAAGAUCAGCAAGCUCGCGCUGAAGCUCAUCGUACCUCUCUUGAAGCCGUGGCCGUGCGCGCCGCCAUCGCCGAGUUCAAGCAGCUCCAUGCGCAAGCGCUCGCAGAGCUCGCACGCGCGUCAGAGUUCCAAUACAAGGGUCCCGGCCCGUUGUCGUCGAAGCGCAAGCGUCAUGACGAGGACGAGGGGAUCGACGGGGAGGGAGAGCUGCUCCUCGACAGCCAGGAGAACCUGUCGCUGAUGUCGGACGCGUCGGACAUGGACCUUCCGCCGCUCACCGAGAGCCGCACGCUCGACCGUAAAGGGCGCCCGAAGACGAAGCGCGCGCGGCAGGUCGGGCGUACGCUGGCGCGCACCGCAGUGACGGCGACAGUUGGCGCGGCGUUGACAUGGACGGCGCUGGCGUACUGCUGAGCGGCGAUGUGUCAGGGAAGUGAAUACGGACGAUAACAUUCUAUGCUGGAUUCUAAUGCCUGAAGGGCUGUAUGACAUGUUAUUUAUGCCAAGCGCUGAGGGCGCGUUAUGUACCACCCAUGUAGCCUCUGAUUGUCUGUAUGUACAGCGGAGCUGUUGUAUUACUCGUGUUGUUAUGAUAAGCCCAAUUUCUCUCCUUCA